AUGGAUCCUUUCUCCUCCGACGGCGAACUAGUGAACAUCCACACAGCCUUCAUCCAGUCCCAAUACACCUCCGUACUGAACGACUUCAACACAUCCGACUUCAGCUCCUCAAACCACCUUCCUGUCCAAGUAUUACAAUAUCGCGCGCAAUGCGCCCUAGGACAGUACGAUGAAGUGAUAGGCAGCAUCAGCGACUCAAACGCCAAAAGCACACCCGAUCUCGCCGCCGUACGGACAUACGCCUCAUACCUCCGAACCGGCAGCGCAGGCGCAGUAAAAGAAGCCGAACGGUUAGCAGAACAACAUGCCGAAAACCUAACCAUCCAACUCCUCUGCUCCACCAUCCUCGCCCGCUCAGGCAACAAUGAGGCAGCUCUCACCCUCCUGUCAAAACAUCAAGGAUCCCUCGACGCCGUAGCCCUGAUAAUUCAAAUCCACCUCCUAUCUAACCGUCCGGACCUCGCAGCCAAGGAAGCCCAAUCCGCUCGCUCCUUCGCUCAGGAUGCUCUGCUCGUGAAUCUGGCAGAGGCGUGGGUGGGAAUGAGGAAGGGUGGGGAGGAGUACCAGAAGGCGUUUUACGUCUUUGAGGAGUUGGCGCAGAAUCCGAGUUCGGCGAGUGCGUGGAGUUUGGUUGCGCAGGGGGUGAGUGAGUUGCAUUUGGGACGGACGGAGGAGGCAAAUGCUGCGAUAGAGAGUGCGCUGGGGUUGGAGGAGGGGAACGCGGAUGCGUUGGCGAAUCUGGUCGUGCUGGAGAAGGUUGUUGGGAGGGAUGGUGCGGAGGCUUUGAGCAGAUUGCAGAAGGUGGAUAAGGAGCAUGAGGUUUUGAGGGGGAUGGACGAGAAGAGGGAGGCCUUCAAAACGGCAUGCGAGAAGUACAAUCCUAAGUUUUGA